CAUGGCGCCUCUCAGAACAACUGUGUUGUUGUGGAGCCUCUUGAGGAGUUCUCCAGGCGUGGAACGAGUGUGUUUCCGGGCUCGAAUCCAGCUCUGGCACGGUGGCCUGCUCCAACCGCUACCUUGCUCUUUCGAGAUGGGGCUGCCACGCCGCCGGUUCAGCUCUGAGGCCGCAGAAUGUGGUAGCCCAGAGACCAAGAAACCUACAUUUAUGGAUGAGGAAGUUCAAAGCUUACUCACGAAAAUGACAGGCUUGAACUUGCAGAAGACUUUUAAGCCAGCUAUACAAGAACUGAAGCCACCAACCUAUAAGCUAAUGACUCAGGCACAGUUGGAAAAGGCUACAAGACAGGCAGUUGAGGCAGCUAAAGUACGAUUAAAAAUGCCACCAGUUCUGGAAGAGCGAGUACCAAUAAAUGAUGUAUUAGCUGAAGAUAAGAUUUUGGAAGGAACAGAAACAACCAAAUAUGUGUUUACUGAUAUAUCAUAUGGCAUACCACACCGGGAGCGUUUUAUUGUCGUCAGAGAACCAAGUGGCACACUACGCAAAGCCUCUUGGGAAGAACGGGACCGAAUGAUACAAGUUUAUUUCCCAAAAGAAGGUCGUAAAAUUUUGACACCAAUAAUUUUCAAGGAAGAAAAUCUUAGGACUAUGUAUAGCCAGGACAGGCAUGUUGAUGUCCUCAAUCUCUGCUUUGCCCAGUUUAAGCCAGAUUCCACUGAGUAUAUCAAGGUUCAUCACAAGACCUAUGAAGAUAUAGAUAAAUGUGGAAAAUAUGACCUUUUACGUUCAACAAGAUACUUUGGUGGAAUGGUGUGGUAUUUUGUAAAUAAUAAAAAGAUUGAUGGUUUGCUGAUUGACCAGAUUCAGAGAGAUUUAAUCGAUGAUGCAACCAACUUGGUCCAGCUGUGUCACAUGCUCCAUCCAGACGGCCAGUCGGCUCAAGAGGCCAAGGAUCAGGCUGCUGAGGGAAUAAAUUUAAUCAAGAUCUUUGCAAAAACAGAAGCACAGAAGGGAGCCUAUAUAGAACUAACACUGCAAACUUAUCAAGAAGCACUCAGUCGCCAUUCUGCAGCUUCCUAAAAUAUUUUUAAAAUACAUUUAUUUUACUAAAAAA